UUAACAAAUCUCUUCUUGUACCAUCCUCACUCAAUCCAUGGCUUCCAGUGCACCCAAGCUCAAAGUCUUCUUCAUCCCCUUCUACGCCACCGGCCACAUGCUCCCUUUCCUCGACCUCGCCUUCCUCUUCUCCACUCGACCUGACAUCGAAACCACCCUCCUAAUCACGGCGGCCAACGCCUCGCUCCUCCAGCCGACCAUCGACAGCUAUGGCCAACGCAUCAAGCUCCUUCUUUUCCCCUUCCCCUCUGCCGAAUCCGGUCUCCUCCCUGGCCAAGAGAACGUCUCCUCCAUCCCCUAUGCCGACAUCUACAAGAUGUGCACUGCCGCUGACUUCUCCCGCGACCCGAUCGAGACCCUCCUCCGCCUCCACAGCCCGGACGCCGUAGUCUCCGACAUCUCGUUCUCGUGGAUGUCUUCGCUCGCUAGCGAGCUCGGCAUCCCCAACGUCAUCUUCCACGUCAUCGGCGUGUUCCCUCAGCGAGUCAUGGAUGCCCUCCAUCGAGCUCGCUUAUAUGACACAGAGGACACCUCCGACGAGGCCAUCACAAUCCCCAACCUCCCGGGUGAGAAGCAAAUUACAAUGCCUAGAUCGGAGCUUCCGUGGUUCGUGCGGAAGCCGACGCAGCUCACCCACCACUGGGCGAGGAUGAAGGCAGCAAACGCGGAGAGCUUCGGUGUUGUGGUAAAUACGUUCUGCGAGAUGGAGCCAGAGUUCUGCGAGGAGUACCGGAGGACGGUGUGUCGAAAGGCGUGGUUUGUGGGUCCCGUUGCGCUCGCAGCAGCAAGAGCCGGCGGAAAGAAGGCGGCGGUGGCGGGGCGGAAAACGAGACGGCUCCGUCGUGUAUGUUUGUUUCGGGAGUUGGUGCAACUUUACCAAGCAACAACUGGCGGAAAUUGCCUCGGGACUGGAGAAGUCCGGGAAGGAGUUUUUAUGGGUGGUAAGGGGAUUGAAGGACGGUACGGUUACCGGGGAGGAGUGGAUCCCGAACGGUUGUGA